UUAUUAUCUCACCGCAGGAAUCUGAUCUGUGAAAACCUCAGUUUGUUAAGAGACCACCAUGUGCUCCUCUGCCAGCCCCAAAAUCGUGUACAGGAAUCCUCGCUUCCUUCGAGUAGCUUUUCUGCACCUUCACCAUCAGCAACAGAGUGGUGUGUUCUGUGAUGUCCUUCUGCAGGCAGAAGGUGGGACAGUCCCAGCCCAUUGUUGCAUCCUGUCUGCCUGUAGCCCCUUCUUUACAGAGCGACUGGAGCGGGAGAGACCCGUUCAGGGUCGGAAGGUGGUGCUGGAGCUGGGAGGCCUGAAGAUUAGGACUCUUAGGAAGCUGGUGGACUUUCUCUAUACCUCAGAGAUGGAAGUAUCUCAGGAAGAAGCCCAGGAGGUGCUUUCUGCUGCCCGUCAACUCCGUGUAUCUGAGCUAGAAUCCCUUCAGCUAGAGGGUGGGAAGCUAGUCAAGGCUCCUCAGGGCCGAAGACUAAAUCGUGAGUGCUUACAACCGCCCAGUACUGCACCAAUCUCUGCCAGGGUAGUAGCAUCCAGCCACCGCCCUCGAACUCCACUGCCUGAUACCCAGAGUCCCUGCCCUCUUGGGACAGUGAGAUUAAAAUCCUCGGGAAAGGAGGAAGGGCCCCAGGAGAAGAACAAUCGACAAAGUGCCGAGAAUUUGUCAAGAACUCAUGUGCUCAAGAAGAAGGCCAGAACCUGCCCAGCUACACAAGAAAAAAACUUGUCACCAUCAAGCCACAGUCCGGCACCUAAAGAGAACAAGACUACCCCUACCCUGGGUUCAGCAGCACUUUCCCCAGCCAGUUUGUAUCCUGCUGUGGAUGAACGGCUCCUGCCCAGAAAAAUCCGGCUAAGUCGUUCAAUGCCAUCUCCUGAUGUGUGUACAGCCAAUCCUUCCAGCAUCGUAAGUGGACCCAGCCCUGGCCGGCGACUUUGGCGACAGAAGAGCAUAAAGAAGGAAGUACCAGAGGACAAGGAGAAAACAGGACGAGCUAGUCCUCUACCCAGUACCCCGAGCACAUCAGGUCUUGGAAAGACAGGUGGGACUAAGAAGCGGAGCCCUGAGGCCCGAGCACCUAACUCUGACCCUGCAGAGGAGGGGCAGGUUGGGAGAGUAAAACUCCGCAAGAUUGUCAACGGGACCUGCUGGGAGGUGGUGCAGGAGCCUCCCCUCAACAAUUCACAGCCCAGCCCUCAGGUACCAGAACCUGGAGACUCCGAUGAGCUUUCAGGGACCCAACCGUCCUCUGUGAAUGAGAGAGAAAUGUCAUCCCCAAGACUGGACCCAUGUCAGGACUCACCCAUGUGCUCUAGGCUUCAAGACAUUCUACUCUCUGCCAGCCGCUCCCCUGACUACCCAGUGGUGAAAUCCGAGUUUGGGUCGAGUCCCGAGCUGGUGGGGAAGAAAACUGGGUUGGCUAUUGACUGCAGAGACCCUUACACGUUUGACACAAGUCUGCUUGGGCAGCCCUGUGAAGCCGAGGAGUACCGAAUCACUAGUGCUGCUGCCACCAGUGAGCUGGAGGAGAUCUUGGACUUCAUGCUCUGUGGCUCCGGUAUUGAGCCACCCAUAAGAUCUCUAGAAAGUCCCGAGGCUGAAGGCUGCAGGACCCCCAGUUAUGACCUGACAGAAACAGGAAAAAACUGGAUUGAAGGGCAAGAAUGGUGUUUGCCAGACAUGGAACUCUGGCCCAGAGAGCUCACAGGAUUGGAAAAGGAACCUGUUGGUGAGAACAAAGACUCAAUCGAGCCCUUUAGCCCCCUUAUCAUGCCCACUGAGACCAAAGAGCCAAUGGAGCCCCUUAGCCCCCUUGUGAUGACCACAGAGAUAAGCGAAGGGGAGGUGCUUUCAGUAAGAGGCUCUUGGUCUCCAGACCUAGCAAUUACCAGCUCCCUGCCACUAGAUGGUCAGAGAGACGAGCAACUUCACCUUGACUCCCUUGGCCCUCCUCCGAGGUCCUAUGAGGACCCUUCCCCUCUCUGUUCAAACUGGGUGGAGACUGGGCUGGAAGCAUCCCUAACUAUAAAUGAGAUAUUAUUCCCUGCACCAGAGGCAGGAAGAGAGAUAUUUGGUAACUCCGAAUUGUUGGUCCCACCUCCUGCCAGCCCAGAAGAGGAGGAAAUCGAUGUGAUGGACUGUUCGUCUGAGGGAAGGCUGGAGCCCAUCAGUAUUCUUUCUGUAUGGCCUGACCCUUCCUCAGAGUCAGAAACAGAAAUUGACAUACUAACGUAG